AUGGAUCAAGAAAAUCAACCUCCACCCAAUGAAUUUCAUUAUGUGACAUUCAGAAAAAAAGCUGGUCAUAAUGAAGAUUUCUCUUAUAUGGAUAAUUCACAUGAAACAAUUAAAUCAGUUACUCCGAAGCGCCCAUUUAUAUCGUAUGAUUAUGUUUUAUCAAAUACGUCACCGUCAUCUUCUAAUUGUUCUCAUCAAACCGCCGUAAUUCCUCAUGAAAGUCAAGGAUCGUCUUCUUUCACAACAGAGGAAAAACAAGUACCGUUGACAUGUGCGUUUGUGAUAAGUCCUCCAACAAAACAUGUGUAUUCAUCUAUUCUCGACGAUGACAACGGAUAUGUACCAGCCUAUAUAAACCAAAAAUUCAAGCAUCCUCUUCCUUAUUCAAUUCAUAAUGCAAGUAACCAACGUACUAUGAAAAUAAUUCAAAAGCCAAAUUCAACAACACAGAUGAAAACAAGCACCAGCUCACAUAGUAUCGCAUCAAUAGCAGCAGCAAAUGAAUAUCAAGGCUCCUCAUUUCAACCAUCAUUACGUAUGCGUGUACCUGUCAAUUCAUCAUCAACAAAUACAAUAGAAAAACAAGAAUACGCUUUUACAAUAUUAUUAAAUUCUCUAUUUACACCUGAUGAAUUCGUUAAUGUACAACAAUCAACAUUUCAAGCACAAACAAAAGAGCAGAUGCCCUAUAAAGCAUUAGCUGAAACAAAUCGUUGGUAUUCGUUACGUGAUCGUGCACGGAAUUUAUACGAAACAGAAAUAAAACCGGUAGCAACAAAAAUUAGUUGUGAUAUUGAUCAAUCACGAAUUAAUCCAAAAAGUGAUUUGAAUUUUGCAGCGAGAACAGUUAACCGUCAAGCGUUGUUAAAUUUUAUUUCAUCGUAUAAUCGCACUUGGUUUCGUCUAGCCAUGGAAAUAUUGUUUCCAAUUGAUAUUGAUUCGAAUCAACCAAUGAAAACUUAUAUUGAUCAAUAUCUUAUACAAACAACUACUCUAUCAAUAACGAAAGCUGUUUCACCUCUAAUACGUUUAACAUUGAAAAAUUUGAUUAUUAUUGUUGUAUUCCUUGAACGGGCAAAAUUAAAACAUCUUAUUGAAUAUGAUCCAUGUUUAUAUGUUAAAGAAUCGAAAUUCAAGUCAACAAAAGAUACUCUUGAUGUUAUAUCACGUGAUUUUAUUAGUACUGAUACAAAUCUUUUACGCCGUUUAAAAUUAGCUGGUUUUGAACCACAGUAUAAACAAACAUCAUUAGACGAAUAUAAUUAUUCAAUUAGUGAAAAACAAUUAUUUGAUGAUUUAAAAGAUGGUAUACGUCUUAGUCGAUGUGCCUAUGUUCUAUUAUCAUCCAAUACUAAUCCUUUCUCAUUUACUGAUCUCUCAUCAAGAUUGAAAUGUCCUGUAGUGAAUUUAGUUCAUAAACUAUUAAAUAUUGACCAAGCAUUUGAUUUAUUUCAAAAAUAUGGUCAUGUUAAUUUAUCCGGUAUUACAAAUAAAGACAUUAUGUCUGGAAAUAAACUACGUACUCUAGAAUUAUUGUGGAGAAUAUUUGUUGUUUGUUAUGUCCCAAAAUUUAUUCAAUCACAUGAUGUAUUAAUAAAUGAAAUUGAACAAUUAAAACAAAAUUUAACUGAACAUGUUCUAGUACGUCCAAUUGAAAAAGAAAUCUCAAUUGAAACAAAUUUACAACUAUUCUCACAAAAACAAACAACUCCUAUUAUUUCUGAUAUAAUGAAAUGGGCACAAUUAGUAUGUGCACAUUAUCGUUUCUGGAUUAAAGAUUUACAAGAAUCAUUUUCGGAUGGUCGUGCUUUAUUAUUCAUUAUUGCCUAUUAUUUACCGAAUCUUAUUAAUUAUCAAAAUGAUAUUAAACAUUAUACAACAAUUGGUAUUUGCCAAACAAAACGUGAUCAUAUUCAAUUUAAUGAUGAAUUACGUAGCACCAGUGGUUCCACAGAGCGAUUGAAACGUGAUGCGAUAAAAAAUGUAAAAUCAAAUUUUAAAUUAUUAGAAGAACGAACAAAACAAUUACCAAUGUUUCUGAGUGAUUUAGUUAAAUAUGAACAAUAUAUUGCAACUGAUAUCCCGGAUGAACGAGUAACAAUUAUUAUUUUAACAUUACUAGCGAGAGAUCUGUUAUUUUCAAAUGCACAAGAUAUUAACCGAAAUCAACAGAUAUUUGAACAAAUCAAGCAACAAAUACAAUUCGACAAUGAUUCAGAUCAACUUGAUGAUACUGAUCAACAAUAUCAAUCAUCUAGGCAAGAUUUUUAUUUUAUAUUUGACUAA